AAGGAUUGUCACCUUUUGAAUUUUUUAUUUCGGUUUAUGGGGCAGUGAAAGGGAUGAUUGAUAUUGCUUUGAAAACUGCCGAAGCGGGUUAUUUAACUCGACGUUUAGUGGAAUCAACCCAAAACUUAAUGAUUACUUCUCCUGACUGUGGAACAAAUGUUGGCACACUCUUAGUAGAAGGCGAUGUGCCUCUCGGCAAAAGGGUUUAUGGUCGUUAUUUGGCUCAAGAUAUCUCGGAUAAAAAAGGAGAGAUUAUUUUAACUCGUAAUACUCUUUUAUUAGAAAAGGAAAUAAAUGUUAUUCAAGCCAAUAAAAUUACUAUGGCUUACGUUUUUUCUCCGCUGACUUGCCAAUUAGUAAAUGGUAUUUGUCAAAAGUGUUAUGGUUUGGAUUUAAGCAAGCCAGGUGAGAUAAUUGAAAUGGGGGCAGCGGCCGGAGUAAUUGCGGCUCAAUCACUCGGAGAACCAGGAACUCAGUUGACAAUGCGAACUUUCCACACUGGAGGAAUAACUGGUGAUGAAGACAUUACCCAAGGUUUACCAAAAGUCAAGCAAAUAUUUGAUAAUAUUAAGCCAGAAAAAAAUGAGAAGGCAACUUUGGCAAAAAUUACUGGAAAGAUAGUCAGUAUUGAAGAAAAAAUAAUUAAGCAAAAAAGUGCCGAAGGAGAGGAAAAAAUUUAUCCUCUUAAUAAGAAAUUAAAAGUGAGGGUCAACCCGGGAGACCUAGUAAAAAAAGGGGAAAGACUAACGGGUGGAAAGAUAGAUUUAGAAGAAUAUUUAGAAAUUAUGGGACGGGAUAAGUGCCAAGAUUACAUUAAAGAAGAAGUGAGAAAGGUAUACGACAAUCAAGGAAUAGACAUUAAUGAAAAGCACAUUGAAAUAUUUGCGCGGCAGAUGCUUUCCAAAGUGGAAAUAACUGACAGCGGAGAUAGUGAUUAUUUGGUAGGCGAGUUAGUAAAUUAUCAGAAAUUAGAAAAAAAUAACCAAGAAUUAUCCGCCAAACAAAAGCAUCCCGCUUCCUUUAAAAAUAUCAUUUGUAGUCUGAAGGAUUUAGCUUCUCAUCCCGAUUCUUUCUUGGCCGGAAUUUCUUUCCAAAAUACUUUAAAAAGUUUGGUUAACUAUUCCUUAUAUCAACCUGUUGAUUAUUUACAGGGAUGUAAAGAAAAUUUAAUUGCCGGACAGUUAGUGCCAGUGGGGCCAGGCUUUAAGGAACGAGAAAAGUUUCAACGAAAAAGCCCUCGCAAAGUAUAG